AUGGCGGCCGUCAAUCGAAAUAUGUUCGAAGUGAGCAUAACACAACCGCCUGGCGGUGCCCAGUUGAUGGUUCUGCCGUUGAAUCUCAUCGCGGAGAUUGUGUCACAUGUUGACGACACAGGAGAUCUCGCCCGGCUAUGUCGGACAUGUCGGGUCCUCAACUAUAUGGCGUUGCCACAGCUAUACCGGAGCCUAACGCUGACCUCCUACGACAAAAUUCGUUAUCGCGGUGAACAACCAGAAGGAAUAGGGAGCGCCAGUCCCUUCACGAUGGGGUUGAAUGCGAUCAUUACGCGAUCCUAUGCAACACUGGUACGAUCGAUGACACUACGCGGGGAAUGGAAGGGACAUGAGCUGGAAGAGCAUGCCCGAGUCGGCCGGGUGCCCGACGCAUCAAUGCUGUUGAACAUUGCCGCCCGUGCUGCGGUAGAUCGCAUGACUAAUCUGGAGAGCUUCCACUGGGAACUGAACACCAAAAUGCUCGACACGGUUUAUACAGGGCUGACCCAGCUGCCGAAGCUCACAUCCUUGACGAUCCGGUUUCCAUCGAGUCGUCACCCACAGCCCACUUUCGUGAUACCGGGAAUGCCACAUUUGCGAUGUCUGAAAAUCACCGAUAUCGACCCGCUAUGCUACCCCGAUGACAUAGCGACUCUUCUUUGUAAAAGUAGGAACUUGUGCGAUUUGAAAUUACAUUGGUCGCCACGAAUGCGAGAUGCGCACGAGCCGAGUGUCUCUCUGCAUGAUUACUUCCGCAAGCUGAUCGCAAGCAAGCGACCACUGACGGUCAAGAAGCUGUCAUUCCAAAAUCUGUAUGCCUUCCACACCGACGAUUUCAACUACGCUUUCGAUCCGACUACCGUCGAAGAUGUUACAUUCCUCAGUGGUGUUGAGGGCUCUAGUCUGGUCAACACAUUCAUCGAGAGUAGCUGGCCGAGAACUCCACCCCAUGCAAAGCUUCACAUGAAAUCCGUUCGGGUGGAUGCAGUGUCAAAACGGAAUUCGGAGUUCAUUGGGAAUUUCUUUGGCCUCGAGCGGUUAUACUUCGUCAAUGUCACAUCGGAAUCAAGCGAUCUGCUCAAUUGCCCACGACCCGGAGGAGGUGCAGUCUCAUCGGCGCUCACGCCCCCAACAUCCGAAUACCCUUUGUCUGGUGCGCCCAACGGAACGGCAACCAAUGCAACCAACUCCCCUAUCGCUUCUGCCUCUCCAGUUAGUCAGCUCAAUGCUAUGGCUAGCAUGCGAGACCUCUAUCUCUCACACAUUACCACAAAUCAUGGCGCAUCGUUGCGCCAUCUACUUCUCCCCUCUAGAUGGCCUCUCUCCACUGGGAUGAUCGCGCGACUCGUCCACAGCUGUCCGAAUUUGGAACAGCUCGCCCUCGCAACAGAAUUUACCAGUCUGGAAUCACUUGGUCUACUAAUACCCUUCCUCCGGAAUUUGAAGGCGCUUCGACUUCUCAUUCCCCAGUCUUCCGGACAAUCUGCUAGUUCUUCUCUGAGGACAUCCCCAACUGCACGAGGAACGGCAGUAUCUGAUCUAAGCAAGGCGAUGCAAGAGACUUUGGCGAAUGCCAAAACACUCGCAGAGGUGGUGGACAUCGACGACUCAAUUCUAACGGAAAUGCUGAGUUACGAGCUUGCCAACAAGCAAGUCUUCGGAAACGUGAAGGUCAUCAGCAUGGGCUGGAAAGCCUGGGAACUGCGGGAUUUCUACAAAGCACCCAUCCCACUCGGGAUCCACAAAGGGUCCCCAACACCAACCAAUAACGAAAAUGCAUCCCCGGAGACAACGACAAAUAGCCCUGUUCUCCCGCAAGGCCCCAGUGGCACUGGAUUCAACACACCGUAUCAGCCUAUUGCCACCUACAAAUCACCCGAUACGCAGGCAACACAAAUUUCCUCUUGGACCAAUCCAAGACGCGGCGUCCUACCGCCAUCAAUACUAGGGAAACGAUCACGAGACCGAGAUGAAAGCGAAACUCCCAGACCACCAACUGGCUGCCCGUUUACCUUCGAUAGGCGUGAAGGUAGUGAAGACGCGACGGCUGCCUACGCCGGCUGCUACCCGUACACUCUAACCGAUGAUGGUUUUGUGUGGAGACGGCGUGCACGACGGGUGGGAUGGGAGGUGUUGAAGCAUUGGGAGGUGUGGGCGCUGGAUACGCAAGAGAUUUGA